AUGGAAUCUCCGGCGGCCGGGAAAAGGGAAGGAAAGUACAGAGGAAUUCGCCGGCGGCCGUGGGGGAAGUUUGCCGCCGAAAUACGCGACCCAAAUCGGAACGGCGCACGUCUUUGGCUCGGCACUUACGACACGGCGGAGGAAGCCGCCAGAGCGUACGACAGGGCGGCGUUCGCGUUCCGGGGCCACCAGGCAAUCCUUAAUUUCCCCAACGACGGCCAUUACAACGCCGAUCCGCCGCCGGCGGCGGGGCCGUCGCAGUCUCCGGCGGUUAAUGAAUCUCCGGCGGCGGCGGCGCCGGUCAUUGAAUUUGAAUAUUUGGAUAAUAAGCUGCUGGAGGAUCUGCUCGGAGAUGAACCCCAGGGGCGGCGGCGGGAAACCUGA